GAAGAACUCGAUUGAUCCACCACUAGGGCUUUAUUCGAAGCUCCCAAGGCUACGCACACCCAUGCUUUUGCUUGGCAUUCUAACUGAACUUGGCAGACAGUGCAGAGAAGUCAACAAAGGCAGAUAUGGAAGUCCCUGUCAUAGACUUCUCCAAGUUUCAUGGGGAAGAGAGGGCAAAGGUCAUGGUCCAGAUUCACAGUGCUUGUCAAAACUGGGGCUUCUUUCAGCUUAUUAACCAUGGAAUUCCGGAAGCUCUUUUAGAAGGCGUAAAAGAAGUAUGCAUUCAUAACUACAAAUUCUCUAGGGAGGAAAUGUUCAAGAACUCUCAGCCUGUUAAGGAAGUAGAGAAGACGUUAUCCGGGAAAGAAACACCGCAGAAGAUCGAAACACUAGAUUGGGAGGACGCCUUCAUGCUUUACUACAAAGAGGAAAGUGAGGAAUGGCCUUCUGAGCCGCUGAACUUCAAGAAAACGAUGGUGGAAUUCUCGAACCGAUUGAAGGAGCUCGCGGUGACCAUACUCCAGAUAAUGGACGAGAACUUGGGCCUGGAGAAGGGAUAUCUGAACGAGAAAUUUAAGGGCAAUGAGGGGCAACCCUUCUUUGCCACAAAAGUGAGCCACUAUCCGCCAUGCCCACGCCCGGACCUCAUCGAUGGACUGAGAGCCCACACGGACGCCGGCGGGAUCAUACUGUUGUACCAAGACGACCAGGUGGGUGGCCUUCAGGUGUUGAAGGACGGCCACUGGGUGGACGUCAAGCCCAUCCCCAACACCAUUGUCAUUGAUAUCGGCGACCAACUUGAGACGAUAAGCAACGGUAAGUUCUUCAGUGCACCCCACAAGGUGUUGGCUACCAAAGACGGGAACAGGAGGUCGGUGGCGUCCUUCUACAACCCAGCACCAUCUGCGGUCAUCUCUCCGGCGCCCUCUCUUCUUCACGGCGACGCUUCCAUCGACUACCCCACUUUCGUGUCUGCAGACUACAUGCGCCGUUAUAUGGAGGAGAAGUUCCUUCCUAAGGAGCCAAGGAUCAACGCCAUGAAAUACUGACUCUGCGUGCGUCUGUGCGUGAGUACCCGUGUCUACGUAAGCGUGUCUGCUUCUGUCUGGUUUCUAGUCGUGUACUAAGAGUCUUGAGGUGGGAGCCUUUGCUUUCUGUCUGAAAAACCAUAAAAAGAAAAGGGGUUUGAGGGUGCUUGCAGAUGAUGCUCACUUUCAAACAAAUUAAUAACUGCGGUCGCUUAUCUUUUGGCUUCAAUAAAUGCAGUUUAGUCUGCCGAAAUCAUGCUGUAUUACUUCAUAAAUCAGCUUCUGUUCAGAAAAAUCUGCACUACACCAAAGUAGAAGGGAUCUUCCAUGAGAAUUAAAUGCUGUCA